AUGUCCAAAGCGUUGCCGAGCCCUUCCGGCCUCAUCCGGGACAUGGCCGACAAUCCGCGCCGCUCCCAACUCAACGGCGCCUUGAGGCGGAGCUCCAGAUCUCGGACGCAGUCAGCACACAGUUGUGCCAAUCGCACCUGCUCGACAGCCUUCGCACGCCUCAGGGACCGCAUCCAUUCGCGACACACGACGCCGCCCCGACCGGUCCGCCGGCCUUUUUUUUUCGGCUCCCGAGCCACGUCUCGAUUACACGUUCUCGACAACCGAGUGACUUUGAAUCGACCUGCGCAGGAUGAAGACACGCUACGCUUUCUGAGUCCUGAGGAGAAGGAGUGCCUCCAGUUUUUCGAGGAGACCAUAGGCUCAUUGGAGAACAGCCUCGAGGAGGACGAGCUCAAGGCCGGGCUCGCCAAGACGCCAGGCAGCGGAAGCCUUCUUGACCACGAGAUGGAUGGACCUUCCCCGACCCGUGAUCUCAGCAGAGUACCUUCUCUUUCAGCCAGGCGCCUCAGCGCUAAAGACCAGGAUAUUAUAGACUUGGUCCGGCCAGAUCCAGACUUGUUGCUUGCCAAAUUGGCGUUCAAUCCUACCAGUCCAGAUUUCCAGAAGAUGGCCACGAACCCCGAGAGUCACUUUGAGAUAAAGCCGAGACACGAUCCAGCCGAUCACGCCGCAGUCCGUGAGCCGACGGACGGGCACUCCUACCACCCGGCGGGCUCCGUCCCCACGCCCGUCCUCAUUGCCAAGAAGAUAGCAGAGAACCAGGCCGAAGAAGCGACCGUCGGUCCGUCUUUGCUCCAGCGCAGGCGUAGCCGUGAGGGUGAUAAGUCAUCAGGCCAUGGUGAAGAUCUUCCCACAAAGCAGGGUCCUCCUACGUUUGCCAAGCCUACCAGAUACCCUGCAAACAUCAGUAUGAUUCUCGGCAACAAAGAUCUCCAGAAUCAGCCGGUGUCCAAUGUUAACCUCCACGACAGGCGUGCGCUGGUAAUGUCUAAUCUAACAGGAGGACCACAGGUUCUCCUGCCCGAGGAAUCCGUACCAAAUUUAGCGCACAAGUCGCUAAGUCCCCCCACUCGCAGCAUUUCCUUCAAUGACCCGACACCAGAGAAAACCCGGAUGGAAGCGCUGUCGAAACUGGGCCUGGCCAGGAACCGAGCCCUUUCGGGAGGAACGUCAGUCCCCGAUACCGUUGACGGCGCGGCAACGAGACCCAUCCCGAGCGCAGAGAUCAGUGUCACUAACAGGCUUCCCCAAAUAGAGACCGGUGAGGUCCCGACGCUGCCGCAAGGCUACACAUCAACCAAGAAAGCAGAAACUCUGUAUUUCGAAUCACCUAGAAGCUUUGAGGACAAAAAGCCUCCAGUGAGCCCGCCUCACGUGGAGAAAACCUCUCCUGCCGCCCAGCCGUCAGACAUCAUAUCGCUGGAACUCAACAGCUUUGGAGGUAAAUCCAUUGUGGUUACUCCAGGUCCUGCUAAGAAAGAACCCGCGACAGCUCCGGCGAGCUCUGAAGCCAAUGUCGUGCCUUCAGUGCUGAGCAACCCCAGCGAGUUCAACAGCUACGGAGGAAAGUCCAAAAUUGUGAACCCCGCGACCGGAGCCAUGACCAAGAGCGACCUUCCCGACAUCCUCAGCUCCCACAUCGAUGUGAAUCGCAGACCCCGGCUUCUGCCCGCCGAGCUCAACAGUUACGGGGGCAAGAGUCGGACCAUCGACCCCUCCGCCGGGGUACGCCUCCCCGCGGGCUCGGCUCCGAACCCGGCGCCGAGAAACCCUCAGACGUCGCAUCGCAAAGCCGGCGCGGACGCCGCCGCGCGAGCAAAAUCUACCUCCGACGUCAGGCGAAAACCGGCCCCCAUGUUUCGUCCCCAAGGUGUAACCGUACAGUUUUCUGGCCGAGCGGCUAACGAGGAAUCUCGCAAGCAGGCGCUAAAGAAACUCGGGCUGCUCAAAGAGUCGUGA